GGCUGACGCCCGGGGACACGGCGAGACCUGGCCCCGUCCUGCCGGGAGGGAGCAGGGGACAGCUCCGGUAGAUGGCACACGGGGCCAGCGCUCCGAAACCCGACACUGCCAGACACUCCCCGAGCGGGCAGGGGCCGAGCAGGAAGCAGGAAAUCGGAGCUGAGCCCGUGCAGAGAGCGCUCGGGCUCGGCGGGGGCAGGAGCGGCAUGGGCAACCUGUGCGGCUGCGGCCGGCCCUGGAAGUGUCCUUCGCCUUUCAAAAGGAAGAAAGAGAAGCAAGGAGCUAAUGUGAGGCAUGAGACUCAACAGCAGCAGCCUGGCAGGAAGGUCCCCACGUACGAAGACGUCCCAGACGUCCCCGUGUACGCCACGGUGAGCCGGCCCAAGGGCGCGCAGCAGGACGAGAGCAUCCACUACGCCGACAUCCAGGUGUUCUCCAAGGUGCGGGAGCGCUCCGCGGCCGAGGUGAAGAACCUGCAGCUGCAGAACGCCACCGAGUACGCCACCCUCAACUUCCCCAGGGCCAGGCUGAAGUACGACAGCAAAAAUGGGACCUUGGUCUAGAAGGCUCUGUUGGCCCCGUCCUCAUCCCUCAGCAGGAAAUGGAGCUCACAGCUGGAGGUGCAGGGAAACCUCAUGGACGCGUCUGAGAGCCGGGAGAGGCUGAGUCUCCCACCUCGGGCAUUCCCACGGAGGAGGUUCCCACCUGACUCGGCGGCAGAAAACGCCUGCUCCCCUCGGGGAGCUGCCCCCGGAGCUGCCAGCCCGGCCCCUGCCAGCCCCGGGAGGUGGCAGAGCUGCUGCCGGGCUGGGGAAGGCUGCGGGACGCAGGGAGGAGAUCCACACAGCUCCGGCCCGGCGCUGGCUGUGGGAAUUCAGCGGUUCAGGACUAAAGGGAGGUUCUGGCGCAGGGUUUCGUGUCAGGGUUGAAGUUCUGAGCGUGCAGAGUGACGCGUGGGUGGUGCUGGGGGGAGAGGAGACCUUCAGCAGGAUCUGCUGCGCUGUCCCCUUCCAACAGCUGCCCCUGGAGGUGCAGCCAGGCCCUGUGUGCGUCCCCUGCCCCCAAAAUCAGCGUUCUGCAGCCAAGCACAGCACCUGGCAGCCAGAAAUGCAGAAUGGGAGGGGUACAGAACAAUUUCUGUGGCUGAUGGGCUGCUCGGAGGCGAAUCCUCACUCCUCUACGCAAACAAGUGAGGAGUGAGCUCCUGGCUCUGACUGGAAGUCAAACAAGGGAAAUUGGCAAUUAAGCUGCAAAUCACUGCCUGUGUUUAGGGCAGUUCUCAGAGUCCAGCAGCUGCCUGGGAUGCUGGGAAUGAAUCCUGGGCAGCCUCGGAGAGGACUUCGGACUUUGCCUCCACGUUUUCCUCGUUUAGUGCUGUCAGCCCUGGUUGUAAACCCCGGUGACACAGAGCACACACCACGUGGGGUUAUCAGCUCCUGGAUAGCUGUUCCUGGAUUUCAGAUAGUGUCAGUAAUUCAGUGGAGCAAUGGCCCAAACGGCUUCUGCCACUGGGCAGCACUGGCAGGGCCCCAGGAGCCCCAUGAACCAUCCUCAGGCACUGAACCAAGGCCUGCAGAGCAGACUGGGGGCACUGGCAGCGUUUGGAAAUGGUUCCCUCUAUAAACACACACAGGACUUUGCAUUCUGUAGCUCAGCCAGCUGGGUUUCCUUGGUGUGGGAAGCACGAAGGGGUUCCUGCUCGUGGUGAGAAAUGAAGCUGCUGCGGGCUGUGCUUGCCAAGGUGGAAGCGUUUGAGGACCAACAUUCCAGUUUUUCUGCAUGUUUUCAUGAGUGCCCGAGCCCCUGGGAUGGUUCCUUAUCUCCCGUUCCCUGAGGAGCUCCGGCUCCCGCAGCACCCUCGGGGCAGUUCCUGGAGGUGCAGCUCAUCCUGGAGACAAUUCCGUGCUGCCCAUCCUAGAGACAAUUCCGCGCUCCCAUUCCGGUGAUUUUUUCCAGGCUUUCCGUGGGGAAUUGUGGAAGCCACGUGUUCUGCAGUGGGGGUUUUCCUGAAGGGCUCGGGUUUUGCACUGAAUAUUAAAAUCUCCUGCACUUCCCGCGGUUGCCGUG